GGCAAGGAGAGAACGGGACUUCACCAUCAAGGAGGAAGUAUGUUUCUGCAAAAACUGCUGCUCUAUUUUUCGACAGCAUGCGUGUUUUGCUACAUGAUAGCACUCAAUAUCAUAGUCAGGAUUAUGCAUUUUGUUUCACCAAGCCUCACAAAGAAGCAAAUCCUCAGAAUGGGUGAAAAAAUCACCAUGACCCAGAAUCCCAACUUUAAGUAUGAAGAUUGGGGACCGACGUUUAAAUCAUUCAAAUUCAUCAAAACCGCAUCUCUGCACAUGUGGCUCUCCCUCGGACAAGAAGCGUUUGUGGGAAAAGAAGCUCCGGACUCACCUGUUGUCACUAUGGACGGAGAUAAAACAAGUGUUUGCAAGUUCUUGAAAGACAACAGACCGCUGGUGCUGAGUUUUGGAAGUUGCACCUGACCCCCGUUUAUGUACAAACUUGAUGAGUUCAAGCAACUCGUCAAGGACUUCAGCGAUGUGGCUGACUUUCUGGUGGUCUACAUCGCCGAGGCACAUUCAACAGAUGGUUGGGCCUUUACCAACAACAUUGACAUCAACCGCCACCGGAGCUUGGAGGACAGGCUGUCUGCAGCACAAAUCCUGGUUCAAAAGGAGCCCCUGUGUCCGGUGGUUGUGGAUGAAAUGAAUGAUGUCACUGCCAUAAAGUAUGGCGCUUUGCCCGAGAGGCUUUAUGUGCUACAGGCUGGGAAAGUCGUCUACAAGGGGGGCAUGGGGCCUUGGGGCUACAAUCCAAUGGAAGUGCGUUCAUUCCUGGAGAAGAUGAAAUAAGAAGAUUGUUAAUUCAAGUCAAGGCAUGUAGCAAUCAUCUAACCAGUCUUAUAAUGGACGGAGAUCUCUGUGUUCAGUAGGGGAUGGGAAGGGUGGAGGGGUGUUAACAUUUUACAUCAACACCAUAUAUUACUGAUCCUUUCUCAGUUUUAUUUUUUUUACACUACUCAAUACACUGCCACAUCUACAUGUGGUUCUAUAGCUGUUCUCCAUCUCUCAUAUCAACCAGUGCAUGAGUAGAUAAAUAUUGCAACCCCUCCAAACGUGCACUAACAAUGCCUCCAGACUCUCCUGCACCCUGAAAACUGACCUCAGCUGUCGACCCCUGGCCUUGAACUCACGUCUCAGUGUUUCUUAGUGACGACUACAGAUUAAACCACAGGCCUCUGUAGCCAGAUGAAAUGAAACACAGAGAGAUGGUCAACUCAGAGUUUGUGUUUGAGGUAUCAUAACAUACAGGAGAUGUUGUGUGUCUCUAUGUGUUUGUGUGUGUAUUUUUUUCACUUAAGUUGUCUUAAUUCUAAAGUUUGCUUGAAGUUUAAAGACAAAUCCUGAAGAUUUAAGUCAGUGAAAGCAUUUUUUUCCAUGAUAUUUGUCUAUAAAUGCUCCAAGGUAAUUCAACAGGAGGCUGCUUUUCUACAUGAUGAUUACAGUGCAAACCUCUGGUAACUGUAGUUUGAUAAAAGAUCACUUAAAGUAGGUUUUCUCUGAAUGACUGGACACAUUUAAUGUACAAUAAGCUCUGUCUACAACAAGUCUUGUAUCAGAAUAAAUUUGCUUUUCACUGUG